UGUAGCUCUGAGUCGGUCAGCGAUGCCCUUCGGCCUGAUGCGUAGAGAGCUGGCGUGCGAGGGAUACCCCAUCGAGCUGCGCUGCCCUGGCAGUGAUGUCAUCAUGAUUGAGACGGCCAACUACGGCCGCACGGACGACAAGAUCUGUGACGCUGACCCCUUCCAAAUGGAGAACGUGCAGUGUUACCUGCCUGACGCCUUCAAGAUCAUGUCACAGAGGUGUAAUAACCGUACCCAGUGUGUGGUGGUGGCAGGGUCCGAUGUGUUCCCAGACCCCUGCCCAGGGACCUACAAGUACCUGGAGAUACAGUACGAGUGUGUCCCCUACAUGCAACGCUCCAGAGGCUGAGAGAGAUUUUCACACGGGGAAGGUGCUCCACAAACACCAUGGCAGAUAAGCACUUCAUACAGCGAGUACAGCGAGGGGUCAGCCUUUAUUGCCGAUCAUAGCGGUAACACACACCAUCACACUCACACACACGUUGACCCCUGGGCCUGCUAGUUUGCUUUAUCUGGUGCCAACACCUUAGUAGUCCCUCUGAUUUCCAAUAACAAUGAAAAUUGGCCGCAGUGAGACUGGGAGGCAGGAGAGUGUGUCUGUGUCAUCAUGCCACAAUGGGAAUGUUAACACAAACAGCAAAGGGAUUAUUUUGGACCACAUGACCCUGAAGAUGUGCACAUUUCAAUAUCCCCAUGGUAACUGGCUGCCGGCUUCCUCGGCUGCUGCUCACAUCUCUGUGGCAGAUGUGACAUACACACACACGUACACACACAUUACGCAUGCGCUCUGUUGCUCAUACACACGCAAACACAAGUACAAACACACACACACACACAUACACAAACACACGCAGAAACACGCACCCACAUCACACACGGUCUCUCACACACUCUCACUCAAACCCUAAAGCAUGCACACACACAAGAACACAGGCAGACAGGGUGAGGAUUCUGGUGUUGUGUGGAGCCUCAGUCAUGUGAAAAUCUCUGCUCAGACAGUGUCCCCUCCUCCUCCUCAUGUACUAUUACUCUCAGCAUUGAUCCUUUCACUGUGCAGGAGUAUUCCAGGGGGGCUGCCGCCUCAUCCCCCCUCCACUGGGAAGAGACAGAUGUGUGGUGUGUGUGUGGGGGGGGGGCUUGAUUGAUGACUAUGGGAGGGAUGAAGAGAAGAGGUGGGUAAGAGAUACUUUGUGGGUGAAUGUCUAUGUUUUUUCCUUCAGGGAGCCGUGAGUACAGGAACUGAAGAAAGCAAAACCGACAUCAACAACUCCCUGACCUCUUCUCUGAAUUCUCACACUCCUCUCUUCCUCUCAACAUAUCUCAAUGUCAAUGUCGCCUUUUUUCAUCUCUCCUUCUCUGUCAAUCUUUUCUCUCUUUGUUUCAUGCCGUUCUUCUACAACUCUUUAUAUUCUACUCUUUAUCCAGUGCCACAUUUCUUUAACUCUCUCCAUUGAUCUCAUCUCUUUCCAUCCCUCUCUUUAUCUUCCGCUGUCGCUUUCUUUUUUCUUUGCAGAUUGUCGGAGUUGUCCCAACACUCCACUGUCACCUGUAGGAGUUGUCCCAACAUUCCACUUUCAACUGUCCAAGUGCAACACAAAGUGCAGCAUGGCCUCCAGGCCUCUAGGGGAGCUGUCCUUCCUGGCUGGCUGUGCCCCCUUAAGAUUACGUUGAACUCUGACCCUCCUCUGCUCGGCGCUCACAGGCCCUCAGCUAACCUGCCUCUAGAUAUAUACUGUAGUUCAGGGUUGAGUCCUGUUACCAUCGCAACAGUAAAAGUUAUAACUGUGACCUUUGCUGUUGGGGAAGAUUUUCUAGUCUGUGUUAUCUUUCUUCUUCUCUCUCUCUUUUGCCCUGCAGCCUUUGGGUGAGAUCAUGUCCUCUUUCAGUCGCCUCUAUCAUCUCUCUCUCUGAACGUAGCCCUGAGAUGUGAGUUGACUUGUUGUGGUGGUCAGGUUGGCUGGCCCUUGGUUGCUAUCUUCUACUUCAUGUGGCUCUCCUCUGGUGUUGUUUUGUUGUUAGGUGGUGAUCUGGUCCUGGGUUAUAAAUAAAUAGUUUCCUCUUCCGUCCUCUCUUAUUCUCUCUUAUUCCAGACCAGACAUUUCCCUCUGACUGCACACAGGAGCCAAUUGAAAGUGAUGAUUAAAUAGCUGCUGACUUGCAUUUUUCCUAUUCCCGUCUCCUAUUAAAGAAGCUUGUUUAUUGGAUCUGAAGGAAGGAGGGUGGAGGGGGUUAUGAGAAAAUUGGAACCUGAUCGCGUCGUGAUGAAAAGUCUUGGCUGUCUGAAGUGAGAAAGUUGAGCCAAUUAGAACAGUCCUCCGUCAGUCUUCUCCUCUCCCUUGGGGAUGGGCUGUGGGCCAGACCAGACUUGCAAACACACACACAUACACGUUAGUUCUCCCCACCCGCGCCGCAUUCCGCCGCACCACGUUACGUGUUGUCGGGCUCUGCCACCAGAAUAUAAAUAGAUCCUGAGUGAAUUAGACUCAGUCCUCCUCAUCCCAAACCUAGUGGCAACUAACUGGGCUUCUAUUAAUUACCAAGAGAGGGUCAUCUCAUCCCAAACCUAGUGGCAACUAACUGGGCUUCUAUUAAUUACCAGGAGAGGGUCAUCUCAUCCCAAACCUAGCGGCAACUAACUGGGCUUCUAUUAAUUACCAGGAGAGGGUCAUCUCAUCCCAAACCUAGCGGCAACUAACUGGGCUUCUAUUAAUUACCAGGAGAGGGUCAUCUCAUCCCAAACCUAGUGGCAACUAACUGGGCUUCUAUUAAUUACCAGGAGAGGGGGGUACCAUCCCUCCCGCUCUCUACCCCUCUUCCUCUGCAGAGAUUAAUUGAAUUUGCUGCUGCUAAUCGCUCUGGUAAUUCCCCAUCUUUCAUGGCUCACUGGGAAUGCAGGGUGUUUUGGUGUCUUUAUGGGUGACAUAUGUUUGUUUGUUUGGUUCUACUUAAUGGGUGAGGGAUAGGGGUUAGGGAUAGAGGGAUGGUGUUUAUAGGGCCGCUGUUGGCAGCUGGCAUGAUGCGUGCAGGCAUGACAAGUGUGCAUGUGUGUGUGUGUGGGUGUUUGCGUGCAAGUGUGUGUGUGACAGGGUCCUCUGUGUGCGUGUCACACAGUGCUUUGUGUUACCAGCCACCUGAAACGUGGAGGUGACAGGCGAAGCAGCUGAGUCGACACAGCACUGUCAGAUGAGCUCAGAAGAGGCGGCCAGUGUGUGUUAGUGUCUGUGUUAGUGUGUGUGUUAGUGUGUGUGUUAGGAUGUGUGAGCAUGCCAGCAGAACAUAACAACAGCCAACAAGUCAAGUCAUAUCUCACAGUGCCAAAAACCCUGCAAGCCCUUACAGAGACAUCACUUUGUCUUCACUGGGCAGAACAGAGCAAGACAAACUGUUGUGACAGAGCCACAGAUUCACUCUGUCAAGGCUUGCUUUAGAACCAGCUUCUAUUGACACACUGAGUGUACUGUAUAAACUGUACUAUAUUAUACGAUACUAUACUACACACUAUAUGUAUUUCCUAGUUCACCACACAUCAUUAAACAACACUAUACUAUACUAUAUAUAUAUUUCCUGGAGUACAAAUCCUACACCACAGUAGAUUAAUAUCAUGUUGCCUAGUCACUUUAUUCCUAGUUACAUGUACAUAUCUACCAAAAUUACCUAGUAUCCCUUCACAUCGACUAGGUAAUGGUACCUUGUGUAUAUAGCCAAGUUAUUGUUACUCAUUGUGUGUUUAUUGGUACUUGUAUUACAAGGUGUUACUCCUUUCCUAAUAUUUAUCUAUGUUAUUUUUCUCUGGGUUGUUGGGAAGGCCCUUAACAUUCGUCGACAACUGUUGCUAAAGAAGGCUGUAGGAACCCAUGUAAGUGUAGAGAGCAGAGUGUAGAGAGGAGAGUGGAACUCUACCUGUCCCUGCUCCCAUUAAA